AUGAUUUCAUUACAUAAUAAAAUACAAAAUAAUCAUUCAAAACAUAUCAGAUUUAAUAAUCAUUUAUCAUUUUCCCCAUUGAUUAUAACAAAUCAAUAUCCAUCAGAUUUCAAUGUUAAUUGUUCAUCGAAUUUAAUCAUUAAUAAUAUUGUACAUUUAGAUACAAUAUUUCAUUUAUUACAUCAUUAUAAUAAAUCAUUAUGGAAUAAACAAAAUCUUAAUAAAAACUUUAAACACUAUUCAAUUAUUUCUAAGAUAUUCAAUUUAAAUAAUCCUCUUUAUAAGAAUUUAUUGUAA